AUGUCACUUCUUGGACUUGUUCCGGAUUAUGGCAGCGAUUCUAGCAGUUCCUCUGGAUCUGAUGAGGAAGAUAGUAGAGAGUGCGAAUCUAGUACAAGUAUCAAUGACAACAAUUCCGGCAAUAAGGGAGGAGAAGCUCAAAUACCACUUCCAUUACCAUCGUUGGAUGUAAAUACAGAUAGUUGUUCAUCUAGAUCUGUCUCUAAGGAACUCAACCAGCGAGCUUACAAGACAUCUUCGGUGUUCUUUAACCCAUUUCUUGCUGAAGAGAAAAAGAAACUAUCAGUUUUGGAGAAACAUGUACAACUUUCGGAAGGAAAAUCUGAAAAAGACGAACAAAAAUCGAAUAAGAUUUGUUUCAAGUUUCAGAAAGGACGAUGCAGAAUGGGAGACCGCUGUAAGUUUUUGCAUGGCAUCGAUUCAGGAUCUGUAAAUCCUGGAACUGAAAAACCCAGAGAGCCUAGUUUAGCUGCAACUAUUUCAACUGCAGGGACAAGAUACGAACCAGACGAAGGAGAAGAAAGAUGGGAACCUUCGAAGAAGAAACGAAAAUCAGGAGUAACCGACUCACUUGUUCCACCGAAGCGAGCUUUGGUAGCCUUCGAGAAACAGCGGCGUGAUGACAAACCAUGGACACAAUCAUUGUAG